ACCAUGUCAAGGCUCGUCAUUGCUCUCUCCCUCCUCUCUUGCGUAGCCGUGGCGGCCGCCGGAAAAAGCCACGGCUAUGCUAGAAACCUUGAGGCGGACUUGCAAAAUACAAUCCCUAGGAAAGAGAAGCUGACCCACAUUCACUUCUUUUUUCAUGACAUUUUAACUGGCCCAAAUCCGAGCGCGAUUACGAUAGUUCCACCACGCUCAAACUUGUCCACCCUCUUUGGGCAAGUGUGCGUGAUCGACGACCCUUUGACGAUGGGGCCGGACUUGAACUCGGGCAUCAUAGGGAGAGCUCAGGGUCUCUAUUCGUCGGCAUCGCAAGAGGAGGCCGCCUUAUUGCUGGCUAUGAACUUGGUCUUCACGGAAGGAGAGCACAAAGGCAGCACAUUGACUGUGCUCGGGAGGAACUCCAUCUUCAUGAAGGUUAGAGAGAUGCCGGUUAUCGGCGGGACCGGCGUUUUUCGAUUCGCGAGAGGCUACGUGAAUGCAAGGACCUAUCAAUUCGACAUGAAGACUGGGUUAACGAUAGUAGAGUAUGAUGUCUAUGUGUGGCAUUAGCAAUUUCUGAUUUGACAGUUUUUGCUUAAGAUGUGAUGGUUGGUUUCUCUCAAUUGAUCUGUCCAGAGAUCAUUGAUCAUUGUGUCUUGUUAAUGUAAUACGUCUUUUAUGGCAUAAGAUAUC